GUCCAUUCAUAAUUCAUUCAUCCAUCCAUCAGGUGUGCGGCUACAUUAGCGGCUAGAGAUGUGUUCAGCCCCCCCUUGGUUCGUUGCCACCCAUGAAAACACGACUCCACGAGCACGGUGUGUGUGUGUGUGUCUGUGCUGCCAGAUCUUAUGGUUGUCUGAGGUGUCGGCAUGGAGGCUGCGAUCACCUGAGCAGUGAGUGCGCAAGCUGAAAACACAAACACACAGGUGAAUGCCCAUCUCGUCUUUCCCUCUAUUUGUGCAGGUGGUUGGUAGUGUCCUGGCGAUGGACAUCAGUAGCGAUGGCGGCCCGGCGCCCUCAGGAGGUCAUGAUGCACACAGGGUGGAUGGGCGUGAUCCGCCAAUGGUGUCAUGCCUUGUAUGUGUGGUGGUGGUGUAAUGCAUUGACAGGGAAGGAGAGCGGCGGGUCGGGGGGCGACGGCAGCCUGCGGGAUGUCAUAGAUCAGAUACACUCGGUGAGAGAAAGAGACAGAGGGGAGGGAAGGCGAGUCUUUCCGCAGCUGCUGUUGGUGGCUCUGCUGUGCAGGUCGCCUCUCACAUAGCCGCGAGUAGCGAGGCCGCGGAGCUGAAGGUACCAGCUGAUGCCGGCAACGACACACAGGUCAGCACAGACGCUUCCGUGCAGCCAUCUGCCCACACUCAUUUCUGUGUACUGUUUACAGGCCUGCGUAUCGCUGAUUGACCGGUUGUCCGAUGUGCUCAAGACCCUCUCAGACGCCGACUCGAGAUUCAGCAAUGAGCUGUCGCAGAUCCCGACAACAGAGUACAACACACACGUGAGCAUGGAAUGACCAGGCAGUGACAAGUGGACCACCGAUCUUCAUUCGUGUCGUGUGGUCAGCGAUCCUGCAUUUUUCGGUACCCGUUGGGCACUUGUGUGGUGGUGACGUCGCGUACGAGGAGGGAGGCUGGUAAGUAUGUGUGGGUCACGGCGCGUGUCCAUCGCACCGAAGACAGAGGGCAGAAGGGCACGGCAGUAUACAUGAGGGAGGUGGGCGGACGGGAGGAGGAACUCGAGCCCGUCAUUGUGCCACACGAAGCCAACAAACCGCCUCAUGGCCAGCGGGUACACGCGGAAGGCACACGUGGGAGGCGCAAUCACCUCGACCACAUCCACACGUCAUCUCUGCGCAUGUGUUGGUGUGCAGGGCUUCAAGUUGUCGAGCGAGAAGGGUGUGGCUCGGAGUGACGGCAAACCGGUACACGCACCACCAGCCACACAACAGGAUAUUACCGUCACUGACUCAUCCGUGCGUCAUGGUGUUUGUGUGUCAGGAUUACGGCCGCCCGUGUCUGCCGGGCGUCCCUGCCGCGGUGAUGGGCCACAUAGGAUCGUUUCUGACAACGACGGCGGUCACUCGCCUGACACGCGUCAACAAGGAGACCCGGGAGAAGGCCACAGACGACACAUACGGCGUUUUCCGACACUUCGCCAUGACGGAUGACGAGAGCGGCAAGUACAGGAGCAUACAGAAACAGCACCAGCUAAAGCACCUGGUGAGAUGGGGGUGCAGCGUCAUCGGCAAAGAUGUGGCACGUGACAUUCGCUGGUUUGGUGUGUGUGUGUGUGUGUGUGUGUGCAGGGCAAGAUCCGGACGGCCUAUCUGGAGGCGUCACCUGUGGCGUCGUGUGUCGUCGAGUGCCUGGAGAAGUCUGCAGAGACGCUCGGGGAGCUGCACGUACCGCAUGUGCCAUCUGGUCUCUUCUUUUCAACGCCGAUGCGCGCGCCAGGAUAUUCCACCCCUUUCUCCAAUUUGACCCACAUGAAUGUUCAGUCGUUCAAGUGGCUAGACUGCUUCAGGUGUGCUACAUUGGAGAAAGGCAUUCGUGGUGUCUGACCACAUUUGUUGUGUGGGUGAUGCAGCAAGCGUCGGUGGUCCCUCCCCGCCCUCAAGAUCCUCCAAAUCGGCAAACCACCCAAGAGCCUCUUAAUCGGCCAAGCACACUCGUACUCACACCUCUCGGCUGCAGCGUUUCUCGUGCCCCUCCUCAGUGCCUCCCCCAAUAUCGAACGGCUGGAGGCCGAGCGUAUGGUCAUUGACGACGGCGACUGGGCCGACUUCACCGCUUCCCUCAACAGCUGUCUCAACCUCACCACCAUCGCCGGCCUGGACAUCUUGAUGUGCCAGUUCGGCCGCCUCAAUGAGCUCAAAGACGCCCUCGACCAGCAGUGGUCCAAACCAGAGAAGAAAGGUAAGUCACCGAGAAAUGAGUCCGACCUCCACGAGUCCUGAUUGUCUUCUCUGCCCCUUUCGCGGCUUCAGACCUGCCCAAGAAGCUGGGCUUUGUAGUGCGUGAUCCGACGAUCGACGGGGAGUACGGGCAGGGAGCGGACGGCGUUCAGGCAUUCAGUAGAUGGGCGGCGGAGGCGAAUUGCGACCUCGAGUGGCAGCCGUGGGACACGCUGAGGGUCGGCUGCAACAGUGACACCGUCAGUGGUGGCCUGCCCGCGCCUGUGGGCCUCUAUGGCGAGGUCGCCAGACAGCUAAUAGCCAAGACGGCGGAUGUAAGGAGCAGGCAGACAGUGCCUCGAGGGAGGGAGAAGCAGACAGACCGGGAAGGAAGCAUGUGUGUGUGUGUGUGUGUGUGUCCAUUGUGUGUGUCAGGUCACUUUGUGUGUCGGCGGACCGCGGUUUCACCCCUCGUGGCGUGACGAGCUCAUCUUCCCCAGGGCCGAGAAGCUCACCAUUGAUGCCGACGGCGCGAGUGCCUUAGACAGCAUUCCCGAGUGGCUGACAGAGAGGGAGGGAGAGGGCCAGACGGCGGCCAGCCGCCACUUCCCAGCAGUCGCGCACUUGGAGGUGUUCUUCGGCAGUUUCGAGUUGUCUGAUCUUCCCUCUGCCCCAUCCAAGCUGAGCCGGCUUGUUGCGGCGCUGACGGGACUCAAGAGAGUCACCUUCUACUCUUAUCCUAGCUUAGCUGUGGCGUGUGAGCUACUCUCGUAUCUCUCUGUGCCGCGCCUGGCCAAGGCCUAUUUUGCCCGGCCUCCUGGCGCCGGCCUUUUCAACGGGCCGGACACGUACGAGUGGCCAGACGAUGUGCUAGAAGAGUGGCCCCUGCGCUGCCCUCUUAUCGAGCACAUGGCUACUGCCCCAGACGAGUCCGAUGGGGACCUCUGGCGUGACAAGGAAGGCGUAGAGUCGUUUCUGCAGUUGGUGUCCACACUGCGACCACUGCGUGCCGAUCUAACUGGAUACAUAUAUUGAAGUGAGCUUGAGGUGGGGGACGAGGAGGCGUUGGAGGGGGAGGGGGAGGUGGAGGCAGCUAGGCUCAGAGACCUCCGGUCUUUCGCGUGGGAGCGCUACGAGCGAGUCAAGGCACUCUACACCAUGACGGAAGGGUCGUGCAAGGCGAGCGAGGCCUUUGACGAACUCUUCUGUCUCACUAUGAAGCUGGUGGCUAAGUGAGUUUGGGGUGGGGUGGGGUUGGCAAGACCUUGUACAGUCUGUCUGAGUGUGGAUAUGUAUCAGCUAUCGGGUGCCGUCUGGCCAGACGGGAGCACGCAUGUGGAUGGAUGGAUGCAUGGAUGGGUCGUGGGCUGUUGUACCGCCUAGCUCACUCAUUGUGCGCCUGGUUCUGCUCGUGACCAAGCCUGUCUGGUUCUUCCAUGCUGCCCCUUUCUCUCCAAGCCCUCUGCUCGUCGACCAACAGCAGUUCAUCGACCCAUCCAUCUUUCUAUGGAUGUUGCUUGGUCGAGUACGGGCUGGGAAGGACAGAGAGCGCGGUGAGCGAGCAGCCGACACACGGUGGGCGAAGUGCGCUAGCAGCGGAUUCAUGCAGAGACAGUCAGACAGACCGGUGGUGAAUGACAGCUGUUGUGCGUGUCGUUUGUUUGGGUGCAAAUACGUCUUUUGUGAUGGAUGGACGCAGAGGAUGUGUGUGUCGCAUCGAUGACGGACGCCUGCGUGUGAAGCGUUAAUGUCUCGACUCGUGUCUGGCUGAGUUC